GGCCCACUCAUACAUCCCGAUGGAUCAAUCCAGAUCUUUGAAGAAAAACAGAUUGAUCUCGGAAUGAGCUGUCCAGUACCUUAGCCCGCCCCCAACCACGCUGCUUAAAGUUGACUUGCGCCUCUGCUGAUCUGCCGUGCAUCGAAAUCCAAGGCAAGGCAGCUUAGCACAGCAGCCAUGGAUCUGAAGGCGGAAAUGGCUCUGCCAGACGACGCGCUCGCCAACGUCCUCCGCCGUCUCGCGCCGCGCUGCCUCGCGGCCUCCCGCAGCGUCUGCAAGGCAUGGCGCUCCAUCGUCGACGCUCGACAGCUACUGCUGGCGCACCUCCUCCCGCACUCUCUCCGUGGCAUCUUCAUCAACUACAUCGACUACAGACGCCCACACUUGUUAGCUCGUCCCCCCUCGAAGACCUACCCCGCAGUUGACGGUAACCUCGAGUUCUUGCCAUAUUAUACCCAAGGAUUUAACUCCAUCCUGGAUCACUGCAACGGCCUCCUGCUUUACGGCAACGGCUGGAUGUACUGUGUGGUUAACCCUGCCACACGGCAAUGGGAGCGUCUCCCGCGUAUGGAUGCACACGACUACGUUCCGUAUCUAGUCUUUGACCCUGCCGUGUCGUGUCACUAUGAAGUGCUUCUGUUCCACUGUGAGCCCGAGAAACCGAAAAAGUUUGAUCUUAUCGAGUUCUUCUCGUUGCUCGACGACGUAUCGAUUGUCGAGGGUACUGUAGAGGACGAGAGCCAAGAUGAACCUGUAAAACGUCCACCUGAACAGUCCAUUGAAGACCUGCAUAGUUUGAUGGAAUGGCCACCAUGGCAAUGGACAAUACCAGUGUUCUCGUCUAUCACCUGUCAGUGGCAAGAGAGGUCAUUUGUCCGACAAGGAGAGGCUGUUAGGUCGAUGACCGAUGUGCAAUUGGAUACGGUGCAACCAACGGUAUUACGGGGCGCGAGAUGGCGCUACGGCUUGUACUGGCGAGGAGCACUUUACGUGCAUUGCCGCGGCGCAUUUGUUACAAGGCUAUCAUUGUCAGAUGGUAAAUACCAGGUAAUAAAUACACCAGUAGAUGUUGAGGAAAGCAAACAGGCACGUCCUUAUCUUGGAAAGUCAGAAAGAGGGGUGUACUUUGCAACAAUUCAGGAUGAGUAUAAACUUCGGUUUUGGAACCUCAAUGAAUCAAGUGGGCACUUAGAUUGGGUAUUAAAGCAUAAUAUUCAGCUUGAUGUAUCUGGCUUGUGUGCAGCAAUGCAUUUCUACCAUCAUGAGAAUAAUGGGCCUCGGAUUUUGGAGGGCGAUAAUGAUGGUGGCAACAAUAUUGCGCUGCUAGAAGAAGACACUGAAUGGAACUCUGAUGAUGAUAAUAUUAUGAAUUUCAACCAAGGUGGUUUUGAAGAUCACUAUAGUUGUGUUUCUUUUCUGGGGUUUCACCCCUACAAAGAGGUUGUUUUCUUGGAGUUAUCUUUCAGAGGAGUGGCUUAUCAUUUGAAUAGCUCGAAAGUUCAGUACUUGGGAAAACUACGCCCAAAAGAUUACUACCAAGCAUACACGAACGGCAUAUAUGAGUCAUUUAUGUACACCCCGUGCAUGGUUGGGGAGCUUUCAGAGAUCCCUCCAUAUAAUGUAUGCCAAGAUUAGCACAUAUCAACUGCAAACGGUUCAGAGAACGACAAGUUGUGUCCUAAAGUUUGACUCCUUUCUGUCAAAAAAAUAUUUCCUCGUUUUCAGUUACGACGACCAUCUCAUUUAUUUUUUGUAUUUUACUAUUCUUUUGAGGAAAUUAGUGAUGUGGUUAGGUACUCUGUAAUACUAUUUAUGUACUUGAAUCAAGAUACAGUUUCUUCUUUCACAGUUCUA